AUGCGUUUCAUUUCAACUUUAGUCGCAUUGGCAGGUGCUGUCUCCUCUGUUCAAGCCAUUGGUCAAUUGGCUUUCAACUUGGGUGUUAAAGAUAACCAAGGUAACUGUAAAUCUGCUGAUGAAUAUAAACAAGAUUUCAGUCGUUUAAGUUCAUACACCAAAAAAGUCAGAGUUUACGCUGUUUCAGAUUGUAACACUUUAGAAGUUUUAGGUCCUGCUGCUGAAGAAGCUGGUUUCACCGUUUUCUUUGGUGUUUGGCCAAAUGAUGAUGCUCAUUUCCAAGCUGAAAAAGAAGCAUUACAAACCUAUUUACCAAAAAUUAAAAAAUCAACUGUUGAAGCCAUUACUGUUGGUUCAGAAGCUUUAUACCGUGAUGAUAUGUCUGCUUCAGAUUUAGGUGACCGUAUUAACUCUGUCCGUGACCUGUUGAAAGAUAUCAAAGAUUCUGAUGGUGAAUCUUAUGAAGGUAUCCAAGUUGGUUUCGUUGACUCAUGGAAUGUUAUUGUUGAUGGUGCCUCUAGUCCAGCUAUUUCCGCUUCAGACUUCGUUUUUGCCAACGCCUUCUCAUACUGGCAAGGACAAACCCAAAACAAUGCUUCAUACUCUUUCUUUGAUGAUAUCAUGCAAGCUUUACAAACCAUCCAAACUGCUAAAGGUGAAACUGAUAUCACUUUCUGGGUUGGUGAAACUGGUUGGCCAUCACAUGGUACUGCUUUUGAAAGCUCUGAACCAUCUGUUGACAAUGCUAAAGCUUUCUGGAAUGAUGCUAUCUGUGCUAUCAGAGGUUGGGGUAUUAACGUUAUUGCUUUCGAAGCCUCUGAUGAAGCUUGGAAACCAGAUACUUCUGGUACUUCAGAUGUUGAAAAAUACUGGGGUAUUUGGGAUGCUAAUGGAAACUUGAAAUAUUCAUUAUCUUGUGACUUCUCAUCAUAAGUUGAUUAAGUUUCACAUUCCUUGAACAUAUUAUUAUACCCACUUAUUUAAUUUAACAUUUUUUCACUUUCUUUUAACGAUGUUGGCUUUGAACUAGUUCAAGCAAUUGUUCUUUUUUAUUUUUUUCACUCUUAUUCACGAGAGAUAGAAACCUUUCUUACACCAUAUAAUUAUUACGUAUCAUAGCAUAUAAAUCAGUUGUAGUUCU